GCUUUUUGACAGUUCUCUGUUUAUCAAAAAUACCACCACGUGAAAUGUUGUUGAAACCUAUGAAAACACGUUUAAUUUAAUAUUUAAUGAAAUAUAUUGAUCGAACUUGAAAUGGAUUUCAUAAUAGACACAGUAGGUGAUGAGGAUCUGCUUGGGAAAACGGAACUGCUUUCCGGGAGUGAUAAACCAUACUUUGCAGAAAAGGAAGAUAGAGUAGAUGCCAUAUUGCAAUUAUUUGACAAAAAGAAGGAGGAACUAGACCAAAACGCAAAAUUAGAAGAAGAGGCUUUCAAUAAGCUGAAGACUCUUAAAAUAGAUGGCCUAUUUGAUGAUUUCUACCAAGAAAUGAGGUGGACAGGCUCCUUUGUGAUGAAAAAGAAGAAAAAAGAUAGACUGUUUCAUUUUGACCAGCUAGAUACAGAUACGGGAAAGUUAAAGUCUGGUCUUGGUAAAGUAGAUGUGGAGAAAGAGAUGCGGGGCUCUGUGCUGACUCCGGGUAUUGAACAAGAUCACAGCCUGCCUCGGUACGAUAUUGGAGCCAAAGAGUUAAAGGCUUUGAGAAAGAAAGAGCGAGAGAAGACCAAGGGCCCGGCAUGGUUCAACAUGGCGGCACCAGAGGUCACUGAGGAGCUGAAGAACGACCUGCAAGUGCUCAAGAUGAGGUCCGCGAUGGACCCUAAGCAUUUCUACAAGAAGAAUGACAUGGAAGUCCUGCCUAAAUAUUUCCAGGUUGGUCGUAUAAUGGAUAACCCACUAGACCAUGUCAAUGAAAGACUAACAAAGAAGCAAAGGAAGAGGACAAUGGUUGAUGAGUUACUGGCGGAUGCAGAAUUCCAGAAGUAUAACAAAAAGAAAUACAAGGAGAUCAUAGAUGAAAAGAGACGGACAGAGUACAGGACUCACAUGAGGGACAAGAGACAGAAAAGCAAAGCUGAAUUGAAAAAGACUAAAAUGCAAGCAAAGAAAAAAGCCGCUAGCUAGUGUCGAAUAGGCUACAUUAAGAAAUUUCUGUUUAAGUAUGUUAAAAGUAAAUAAAACGAAACUAAGUUAACAA